UCUGUGACUUUGCUCUGUGCUCGUGCUCGUGGUCGCGUGCACCCGCCUCCCUCGCACCGUCCUCGCGCGCGGAGACACGCAGGAGCUCCUCGCGCGUGUUUUCAGGGGAAAAAAGAUCAAUUUGACUUUUUAAGGCGCGUGCGAAGAGUUUGAAUGACAGCUGGAGGAAGAGGAUGAGGAAGAGGAGCGAGACACUCAGUCUGGAUUAAUGCUUGUCAGAGGAAUGGCUUUGGGACCUUAAAGAAGCUGUGUGACCUGUGAGAACGCGAGACACGAUCAUCUUCAUCUUCAUCAUCAACAUCAUCAUCAUCACUCUCUGCUCAGUGACACUGUGCGAGUGUGUGUGACCAUGUGAGACACUGACCAGCAGAGACACAAGACGACCACUCGACUGACCCUCGCAGGUCGACAUGCCAGACGAGACCGGAGGUCUUCAGGAGGGGGCGGGGCCCCAUGAGCGGGCCGGGCCUGGAGACGUGGUGCUCGUGUGCAGUGACGAGGACAAAGUCCCCGGGGGCGACGUCCUGGAGCUCGGUGAACUCAGCGACGUUCACGGUGUGAGAGGAGAAGACGGUUCUGGACCGGGUCAGUCCCGGGGUUCUGUGGAGUUGGGUGUGGUGAGAACCGCUCAGGCCCCCGAUCCUGUCGCUGUGACCCUGAAGGCCCCGGGUCAUGACCCCCAGGUCAACUCACCCCGUGACAGACAGGUGGACGUCUGUGACGACGAGGUGUUUGAGCUCGAUGGAAGCUCGUUGGAAAAGACGAACUCUAACCCCGGUUUCCCUGAGCUCAGCUCAGAUGGGAGCGAUUCCAACGCUCCCUCCAAAGUGAAACGAAAAUCAGAGAUCUCGUUCUGCAGCAGUUCGUCUACGUACCAGGCGAGAGACAGCGUGGACGGCGGGUGGGAGGACGAGGACGGACGGAGCAACAGGUCCAGGCAGAGUGUGAAGGACGGAGUGUUUUGCUGCUACCAGGCGACGCACCGAGGCUUCCUGCAGUGUGUGGAGGAGACGCCGGCCAUGUUGUCUGGUCUGGUGCUGUCUCUGGCUUUCUGUGUGUCCAUCAUCGUCCUCAUCCUCGCUACAGGGAGGGAUGUCCGGACGCACGUCGCCGCUCUGUCCGCCGUGUGUGUGGUUCUGUGUCUGAGCGCCGUCCUGCUCGUCUGUCUGCCGUGGCUGGCCACCGUGAGGCGCUGUGGGGGGGCCCUGGCCCUCUUCGUCUGGGGGUCGCUGUACACCACCGCCAUCGUCUUCCUCUUCACUGGAGGACCGGUCACCACGUGGGAACAGGUGGCGUUCUUCCUCUUCCUGUCUCUGAGCGUCUACACGGUGCUGCCUCUCUCUCUGGCCUGGGCUCUGAUGGUCGGUAUCGGCACCAGUGUGUCGCACAUCAUCAUCGUCAGCGUCUACGUCCCCGUCAGGAGCCCGGAGACUCCGGACCUGGCUGUGCAGCUCGUAGCGAACGCGAUCCUGUUCGUGUGUGUGAACUGCGUCGGGAUGUUCCACCUGUGGACGACGGAGCACGACCUCAGGAUAUCCAAUCAGAAGAGAGAGCAGUUCAGCCGCAUUCGCUCCCAGAAGGAGAUAAGGAAAUAUCAGCAGGAGCAGCUGCUCUUGUCUGUGUUGCCACGCUACAUCGCCAUGGAGCUGAAGACGGAGGUGAUAAAGCGUCUGUCCAAGCCGAAGGGCGACAAGGAGAACGAGUCCAACUUCCACAACUUCCACAGCCUCUACAUCCGCAGACACAAAGACGUCAGUAUCCUGUACGCCGACAUCGUGGGCUUCACGAAGCUGGCGAGCGUCUGUUCUCCGGAGGAGCUGGUCGCGGUGCUCAACAAGCUCUUUGGUCGAUUCGACGACAUCGCCAAGAAGAACGGAUGUCUUCGCAUCAAGAUCCUGGGAGACUGUUACUACUGCGUGUCCGGUCUGCCCGACCCCAUCCCCUCUCACGCCCGCAACUGUGUCCAGAUGGGACUGGACAUGUGCACCGCCAUCAGUAAACUGCGCGAGGCCACAGGUGUUGAGAUCAGCAUGCGUGUGGGCGUCCACACGGGCUACGUGCUCUGUGGCGUGAUCGGCCUGCAGAAGUGGCAGUACGACGUGUGGUCACAUGACGUGACGUUAGCCAACCACAUGGAGUCUGGAGGUCUGCCUGGACGAGUCCACAUCACGGCGGAGACGCUGCAGCACCUGAAUGGAGCGUACCAAGUGGAGGAGGGGAACGGGGGGAGUCGAGACGCUCUUCUGGACGGAAGAAACACCUUCCUGGUGAUUGAUCCUCGCAAACCCGACGGCGUCUCCAAGAGGCCCAAACUGCCGAGCGCCGUGGCGUCCGGCGAGCCCAGGCAGCGGGCAUCGGUCCGGAUGUCUCAGUACCUGCAGUCGUGGAGGAACAUUCACCCCUUCGCUGACCUGAGCAACCCUGAAGCCACGCCCUCCAAGAAGACGGCCGUCCCCUCCAGUGUGGCCACGAGCCAAUCACAGCCCACUGCCGACAGACCUCCCUGCCAGAACAACCCUUCCUGUCUGGUUGUGGACCACGGUGUUCGCGGGUCACUGGACACUCUGAACACUGCAGGGCGACGAGCGAAGAAGCUCAACUGUUUGACUCUGCUGUUCAACGACCUCAGUCUGGAGAAGCAGUUCAGGGUUUCCGAGGUGACGGGUCUGCAUCACUCCAUCAGCUGCAUCGCUCUGAUCUUCGUCACUCUCUUCGCCGUCCAGAUGCUCGUCUCUAAAAACAACUUUGAGAUGGCCGUGUCCUACGGAGCCACGUUCCCGGUGCUGGUGCUGCUCCUGUCCAUCGCCUUCACGGGAUACCUGGAGAAGUGGCGCUCCAAGAUGCCCGUGGGCGUCCAGUGGAUAUCAGGACUGUCGCGAGGCCUCUCCACCAGGGCGGCGCUGCGACUCUUCGUGGUCGCUCUGUGUGUGCUCAUCACCCUGCUCAUGGCAAUCCUCAACUUCGUUUUCCUGCCUGGGAACAACUGCUCCACCAUCACGAACAGGACGGAGCUGGAGGGUCUCAACCUCUACACCGGACCAUACUACCUGUACUGCUGCCUGCUGGCCAUGCUGGGAGUCAUCGUGUUCGUCAGGACCUGCCUGUCGGUCAAAGCUCUGCUGCUCACGCUGGCCGUGGUGGUUUACCUCGCCCUCUUCCUGCACGUGUUCGCCCCGAGGUCCGGCUGCCUCGUCCUCCUGCUGUACAACAACUCAAAGCCUGGAGUGUUGAAGGAUCCACAGAUCAUGUCCGGGGUUUGGCUCGUCAUCUUUUAUAUCGUGUGCCUCAUACUGGCCAGACAGGACGAGCUGAGCUGCCGCGUCGACUUCCUGCUGGAGCGAUGUUUCCAGUCGGAGCGUGAGGAGAUGGAGACGAUGGAGAACGUGAACAAGCUGCUGCUGCAGAACGUCCUACCGCUGCACGUCGCCUCCUUCUUCAUGGGCAAGACGGUCCGGAACCAGGAUCUGUACAGCCAGUCUUACGACUGCGUGUGUGUGAUGUUCGCCUCGGUGCCUCAGUUCAAAGAGUUCUACAGCGAGAGCAGCACCAACAGAGACGGUCUGGAGUGUUUGCGCUUCCUCAACGAGAUCAUAUCCGACUUCGAUGAGCUGCUCUCGAAGCCCAAAUUCUCGUCGGUGGAGAAAAUCAAAACGAUCGGUAGCACGUACAUGGCUGCGGCGGGUCUGACACACUCGCCUCCUGGAGACGGGAGAAAGACAACCGAGAUGUCCUGCAGUCACGUUCGGGCCAUGGUGGAGUUUGCGUUCGCCCUCAUGACCAAACUGGAGCUCAUCAACACUCACUCCUUCAACAGCUUCAAGCUCCGGAUUGGAAUAAACCACGGACCGGCGAUCGCUGGAGUUAUUGGAGCUCAUAAACCUCAGUAUGACAUCUGGGGGAACUCUGUGAACGUGGCGAGCAGGAUGGACAGUACCGGAGUGUUGGACAAGAUACAGGUGACGGAGGAGACGGCCGAGGUCGUGCAGAGCAUCGGAUACGGCGUCACGCUCAGAGGAGUCGUCAACGUCAAGGGCAAAGGGGAACUCACCACCUUCUUUGUCAACAUGGACCAGUCAUCUCCUCAGUUCUGAGCUCAUCACUUCCUUUUACUGGUUGUUUCAGUGAACUGGUGUCACUCACAGACACAACAGUCAGUUGAUGCACAUUUAAAACUGCACUUUUUAAUCAGUUGUAUUUUUCCAAAGAGAUUAUUUCUGUAUCACAGUCCACGUGUUGAAGUAUGAAUAUUAUAAUAAUAAUAAUGAUAUAAUAUAAUAAUAAUAACCCUAUCUAUGAGCGACGUUGUGAAUGUGUGAAUGUACAAAGAAGUUUCCGGAAGAGGGAAAUAUUUUUAUAUUUUAUUUAUAAACUAAUAAAAAAAUACCAACAUUGUGUCAAAGA